AUGACGUCGAUGACUGAGUUCCUGGAGAAAUGCCACGAGGAUGAACUGAAAACCAGCUUCGACGUUCUAGAUGGCCUCCUCAGCCAUGACAAGGAGGACCUGGUGGAGAGGGUAGCGUACUUGGAGAACAAGGUCCACCAACAGCAGGAUGAGAUCGUGUGUCUCAAGUCUGCGGUGGCUGACAUCAUCCGGAGACUGAGCUCCGUGGAGGCAGUCACCCACAACAAUAUGAUUGCCAGCCGAACUCACAGCAGACCCACCCUCACCAGACCUCGUUCUAUGGCAGCACUGCCCAGCUCCAGAAACAAGAGUCAUCUUAACGCCCUCGAUAACGUCAACGUGAUGUCUCGGCGCAACGCGCCCUCGUCGUCUGCACGAGCACCGCCCAAAAGCUCUCGCCAUUCCCCGGCCCACAGCCUAAGCAAGUGGUCUUCUUUGGCGACCUCGGCAGACAUGUCCAAUUCUCUGUUGACCCCUACCUCGUCUAAAGAACCUCAGUGGAACCAGGAGGAGGGAAGUAUCAGGUUGCCUAUUCGAGGCCGUGUGGUCAAUCUGUUUACACCUUCAGACCUGACUGACUACGACAUCAGCAAGCCUGGAGAGGCUCCCUCUGAGAAACUGCAGCUGGAGUGGGUUUAUGGCUAUCGAGGGCGAGACUGCAGAUCUAAUCUGUACUUCCUGCCAACCGGGGAGGUUAUUUACUUCACUGCCGCUGUUGUUGUUUUACAUAAUGUGGAGGAGCAGACGCAGAGACAUUAUCUGGGCCACACAGAUGACAUCAAAUGCAUAGCUGUCCACCCGGACCGAAUCAAGAUUGCCACUGGCCAGACUUCUGGGCAAGAUGCUAAAGAAGGAAAGCCACAACAGACAAAAAAAUCUGGGUCCCCAGAUGGCAUGAAUGGUGAUAGCCUUCCUCACGUGAGAGUCUGGGACUCGGUCAGCCUCAACACCCUUCAUGUCUUAGGCCUGGGAGUCUUCAACCGGGCAGUUGCCUGCUUGUCUUUCUCUAAAUUGGAUGGAGGCCAACAUCUGGUUGUCGUCGACGAAGCCAACGAGCAUGUUAUUUCUGUUUGGGACCUGGGCAGAGAGAAGCCACACAAGAUUACAGAGACCAAGAGUUCCACUGACCCGGUUCUGGCCGUGGAGUACCAUCCGCUGGAGAACUCUCAGAUCAUCAGCUGUGGGAAAAGUCAGAUCACAUUCUGGACGUUUGAAGGAGGGUCACUGGCCAAGAAAAAUGGUGUCUUUGAUAAAUAUGACAAGCCGAAGUAUGUUCUCAGUCUGGCAUUUUCUGACAGUGGUGACACAGUUUCUGGAGACUCUAAUGGAAACAUUUAUGUGUGGGGUAAAGGUAGCAACCGAAUUGUGAAUGCUGUAACUGGAGCCCAUGAAGGCGGAGUUUUCUCUCUUUGCUUUUUGAAGGACGGAACUCUUCUGUCUGGAGGAGGAAAGGACAGAAAGAUUAUCCAGUAUGAUAGUACCUUACAAAAAACUGGACUGGAAACAGAAGUGCCAGAGCUGUAUGGGCCAGUUAGGACGCUGAGCCAAGGCAAAGGUGGUCUUAUCCUGGUCGGCACGACCAGAAACUGUAUCCUGCAUGGCUCUCUGGACCUGGAGUUCUCUGUCAUUGUUCAGGGUCACACAGAUGAAUUAUGGGGCCUGGCUACUCAUCCUUUCCAGCAUCAGUUUCUGACCGGAGGCGCGGACAAACAGUUGUUCUUGUGGGAUGCCCAGUCCAGAACUGCGGUCUGGAAUAAGGAGAUGAAUGAUGCAGUUCAUAGCUGCUGUUUCCAUCCCAACGGGGGUAUCAUUGCUGUGGGCACAAAUGUUGCUCGCUGGCUUGUGUUGGAUCUCUCCACACACGAGAUCGUCUCGGUUCACACUGAUGGGAAUGAGCAGAUUGAGUGCAUCCAGUACUCACCAGAUGGUUCGAUGGUAGCCAUCGGAUCCCGUGACAACUACAUCUACAUCUAUAAUGUUUCUGACGACGGCUGUAAAUAUUCAAAAGUUGGCAGAUGUUCAGGUCAUUCCAGUUUCAUCACCCAUGUUGAUUGGUCUGAAGAUGGGCAGUACCUGGCCAGCAAUUCUGGGGAUUAUGAGCUUCUCUAUUGGACUGCGGCCAGCUGCAAGAUGUUGACCAACCAGACAGUGACUAGGGAUAUCAAAUGGGCAACCCAAAACAAUAUCCUGGGAUUUAAUACUGCAGGCAUAUGGCCAGAAGGUGCAGAUGGCACCGACAUAAAUGGCUGCUGCAAAUCUCACAACGAGAGAAUGAUUGCAACAUGCGAUGACUUUGGGAAAGUCAAUUUGUUUGCUUAUCCAGCAAAUCGUCCCAAGAGCGCUUUCCAUAGCUACAAAGGCCACAGCAGUCAUGUGACAUCAGUGAGCUUCCUGUUUGAUGACUCUCGUCUGAUCUCUACCGGAGGAAAGGACGCUGCGGUCAUGCAGUGGCAGGUUGUGUAA